AUGUGCGCGGCCAGAGCUGGCAAGGCUCAUGAAGUAAAUCUGCGCAAGAGGGAAGGAAGAGACAGCCCAAAGUACCAGCCCAUCUACCUCUCGCCCCCCUCCUCACCCCCCAUCAUCCACCACCACCUCAUCCCGCCUCGCAGCCGCAAGUGCAACCUGCUCCUGCUCACCCUCGCCCCCAUCGCCAUCUGUCUCUCCUCACUCACCUUCAUCUUCAACCAGACCCACCCAACCUCUCCCUCUCCCGCACGCAUCUCCAUCAAGCUCUUCGACCAGCACCAGCGCCUCAAGUCGCAGGCCAAACAGCUCUCCUCAGACCUCCUCAGCUGGCUCGACUCGGUCCCCAACUCUCUCCGCUCCUCAGCCUCGCCCGACUCUGAUCCCGACAACCCCCUGCUCAACCCGCCCGACGAUCACUCGCCUCACCCAAUCCUCCCUCUCCUCCUCAGCGCACGCCAAGCGUGGCAGUCAACCCUCCAAUCACAGCCAAUCUCGCUCCAGCAGGCCCGGAUCUACUACCACCAGAAAUUCUAUCCACUCCAACCACCACCCGGCUUCGGCCAGUGGUUCCAGUUCGCCCGGCUCCACAACUUCACUUCGGCUCCUUCCCAUGGGCUAUGA